AUGUACGAUGACAUCGAAGGUUUUUUACGUAGUAACAAUAACAUCAUACCAUUGAGGUACUCUUACAAAGAAAUAAAAAAGAUAACUAAACAAUUUAAGACAAAACUAGGGAAAGGAGGUUAUGGAUCUGUUUUCAAAGGACAACUUCAGAGUGGUCGUUUUGUAGCUGUCAAAUUAUUGGACAAAACCAAGUCCAACGGUCAAGAUUUUGUCAACGAAGUUGUUACCAUUGGUAGGAUUCACCAUGUUAAUGUGGUACAACUUAUUGGUUUUUGUAUAGAAGGAUCAGAACGUGCUCUUAUAUAUGAAUUCAUGCCAAAUGGGUCACUUGAAAAAUACAUAUUUUCUCACAUUGAAGAGAGUUAUUCCUUGACUUGUGAAAAAUUAUAUUCCAUUUCUUUGGGAGUGGCUCGAGGCAUUGAGUACUUGCAUAAUGGAUGUAAUAUGAAAAUUUUACAUUUUGACAUAAAGCCUCAUAACAUCCUUCUUGAUGAGAAUUUUAAUCCAAAAGUUUCAGAUUUUGGAUUGGCAAGACUUUGUCCUACAGAUAACAGUAUUGUGUCAUUAACCGCUGUACGAGGAACCAUUGGAUAUAUGGCCCCUGAACUAUUCUAUAGAAAUGUUGGAACAAUAUCUUACAAAGCUGAUGUUUAUAGUUUUGGGAUGUUGUUAAUGGAGAUAGCAAGUAGAAGGAAGAACUUGAAUUCACUGGUUGAGCAAUCCAGCCAACUUUAUUUUCCUUUUUGGGUUUAUGAUCGAUUACAUGAUGGAAGAGAAGUUACAAUUGAGAAUGACACCAAUCAAGAAAUGAAAUUGGCAAAGAAAAUGAUGAUUGUGGCUUUGUGGUGUAUCCAGACAAAACCUGGUGAUCGUCCUUCGAUGGAUAAAGUGAUUGAGAUGCUUGAAGAAGAAGAUGAGGAUUUGCAAAUGCCUAAUAAACCAUACUUUUAUGCGCAAGAUCUCCCUGAUGAUGAGCAUGUUAGAGAUAAUAGUACUAGCGGUUCAUGGUCUUCCUCUAGUACAUUAGUAACUAAUUCAAAGCAACUGGCCUAA